ACAUUUUGAUUUCCCAAACCUUCCCCGAGUUCCCAAUCUUCCAAGCAACCUACUCCACAUUUUCUUUCUCAACCAGAAACUUUUAUUAUUUUCCCAUCUCACAACGAUAUUUCAAAUCCCCCCCUCUCCUCUCCUCUUCAAAUUCCAAUUCCCACUCACACCCACACCCACCCACACAAAAACACACACAAUUUCCAACUCUCUCUCUCUCUAAAAAGAAGGGUAGGUCUGCUUAAGCCGUUGAGACAACUACCGAGUCUCUCUGACUUUAAAAACUCUCUCUCUCUCUCUUUGAUGCAAGUUUUCCGGAGCUUCAUAUUGGAAUCGGACUCGGACCCAUGUUGAGCUGGACCUCCUCCUAUUGCUCUCACUCUCUCACCCACCACCGCCCUCUGCUUUUUCGUCCCUCUAUCUCUCGAAACAUUAGGGUUCCGACCCGACCCGUUCCUCUCUGCCCCAAUACCCGAACUCUCCGAACUUCUCAAUCUUUCACCCUCUCAUACAACAAAUUGAAAAUUUCAUGCUUUAGAAAUGAGGAAUUUGCUGCAGAAACCCCAAAGAAGGAAUUUAUUGAACAUUAUUUGCCUGAGGAAUUGGUGAAGUCGGAAAACGAUAAUUCAAGCGCGGUUAAAAGAGAUUGGGGUUCCACUCUUAGAGAGGUUGCAAAUGCAGUGUUUAGGGUGAUUGGGAGCCAAUGGACUGUACCUUGGACGGCAGAGACCAUACUGCAGGUUAUGCUUCUUUGGAUUGCUGCAUUCUGGUUCAUAGGCUCAUGGAUGGUUCCAUUUGCAGCUCACGUGGCAGGCUUCAACAAGGAAUCCUUGACUUUUAGAGGACAAGCCUUAUUCAGCCUCAUAACUGAUGUAACUGAAGGCAUUGCUGGAAUUGCAAUCCUUCAUCGUUGCCUGUCCAGGUUUCGUCCUCUCCCACCUGAUUGGUUUAAGCUUAGCCUGAGAGGAAACUGGCAUAUUGAUGUUCUUCUGGGAUGUCUCAUGUUUCCCCUGGUCAAUCGACUCUCACAGUUCAACCUUAACCUUCUGCCUCUAUUGCCUUCAACACCUGUCACGAUCUCAAGUGUUGAGCAGUCAAUUUUGGCUAGGGAUCCUGUGGCAAUGGCAUUGUAUGCAAUAGUAGUUUCAAUUUGUGCUCCUGUCUGGGAGGAAAUAGUCUUCCGUGGUUUCCUUCUUCCUUCCUUGACCAAGUACAUGCCUGUAUGGUGUGCAGUGCUGGUGAGCUCGGUUGUCUUUGCUCUAGCACAUUUUAAUGUACAGAGGAUGCUACCGCUUGUAUUUCUUGGGGUGGUAAUGGGUGUUAUUUUUACACGGUCGAGGAAUCUAGUACCAUCAAUGCUCUUGCAUAGCCUUUGGAAUGCAUUUGUGUUCUUGGAUUUAAUGAAAUAGCUUCUUGAAGUUGUGCUUAAUAUGUAAGUUCGGUGAUAGGUUAAUCUAAUGUAAAUGAAGCACAACUUCAGUCUGAUUUCAUGGGGCUGCAAUUCUUUGAAGGAUCUAGCCUGUGCCCCUUACAAGGAUGGAUGCCUACCCGCAUCAGCAAAGUUGAUCAAACAUUGCUCACACAGAAAGCAGUAUAAAAGUCCUCCAACUGAAUGCAAGAAGUAUCGGGCUGUUGGGUUAUUCCAUCAAAAUUUGUAUGUUGAGAGCAUCAAUCUACUACUUUGUUCAUGUCAUUAAUGACAUACAUGGUAUAAAGUAAAGAAGCAGAAUGUGAACAAUCAUUUUUCCCAAAAGGAUCUUGCAACUUGCAUUCCAGCAAUGUAAAACGCUUUUGUAAAUUUCUUGAUCGUC